AAUGGUAGCUGAUUUAAACGAUUUUGUUUACAAACAAGUGUUAGGAGGUGACCCGACACGCAAAUCUUUGUUUAUUUUGUUGGAGAAAGGGGAGGAACAAGCUGUUUUGAUUUGCAAUAAAGAAGCAUUUGAAGAAGAUGACAAUUUAAUCCCAAAAUGGCUCAAAAGUGCAAAAUUACAUUUGUUGACGGAAAAUGAUAAAUAUGGUAAUUAUGAAAUGGCUUUGGAUCCGGAAUUGAAUUGCAAGUUUUUUUUCUUUUUUUUAGUUUUUGGGGUUUGGAUUAGGUUUUUAUUUCGAAACUAAAUAGUAUUGAAAAUAUAACGCGAGUUAUGCAAGGGAUGUGCCAGUUUCGUCUUUCACCGAUUUUCGCCUUUCGACGUCCGCUUCUUAAACUGACUUUCUCAUUUUCGCUUUUUUAAAAGCUGUUUCGGCACACCCCUUGGGUUAUUCCAACUGCGUGACGCAUUUCUUUUUAACAAGACAGUCAUUAAACUAAUAGAGCUAAAAAGUCUAAACUACAUAUUUUUUCUAACAACUUUAUUCACAACAAAUAUACAGACAAAAACUAGCAUAGGUAUAU